ACUUGGACUCAGCCGCGCACAGAGGCGGAUCUGCCAUGGCUAAGGACGUAGAGCCAGAAUUCUACCUCAGGCGGAAACACUGUGAGCUGCGCAGUGUCAAAACUCUGUGUAAUCUAAGGGGGCUUCUGAACAGGCUCCAGAAGGACCACAGAGAGGAUGUCUGCGCCUAUAUCUCAGGGCACCUGAACCCCAACAAGCUCUACAGGCCGCCGGAGAUCAUCCUGCGUCACUGGCGCAAUGCCCACAGGCCGCGGUGGGAGACAGCUCCCCCAGCGAGAGCAGGCAAGACAGCUGGGGACAGGAAGACAGCUGAGAUGAAGGAUGCUUUGUCUUAUUUCACCAUCAACACAGCACUGGUUCCCAGUGAUGCCCAGAACACGAAGCUCUUCAGGUAUCUGAAUCCACGAGCAGAAGUUUCACGAACUUUGCACAUUUGUGAAGAUUUCAUUCCAAAGCAGAUUCUGCAGGAAGAGAAAAAGGAAGGAGAGGUGCCUGAGCGCCCCUCAGAGCGACCCCGGAGAGAGGAACUCAGGGUGCCUGAGUUGAAGGUGCUGAGGUUCAAAGAAGCGGGAUCCAGUCGCCAGUGCACCCUCUCUCCCCGAGGCCCAGAUGAGUACCAGUAUGUCAGCUCCUACCUGGCCAGUGUGACAAAAGCUGACAGGUACAAGAAGUUCUUAAGUUUCCAAAAGGAAGUUGUGGCAAAGCAGGAUCUGAAGAGUGACUUCACUGGCAGCAAGGUGGUGGUCAGCCAUGAGAAGAAGCUGGAGGAGGAACUCCAGAAAGCAGGCCCAGACAGCUUUCCACAGUUCAACAGGCUGCAGGUUUUUGGAGAUGUCUUUGAAGACAUUUGCAACAGCUCUCUGAUAUUUGGUGACCUCUUGAAAGAAAUUAAGAACGAGUAUGAACUCUACGUGGCAAUACUUCUGGACUCCCAGCCCACAAAGCAGAUUAAGAUGCUCCAGGCAGAAGUCCAACAGCUGGAGAAGGGUCCUGUGAAGCCUGAAGAUGUUAAUGAGGCCAAGAGGGAGCUGAGGAGGCUAGUGCAGGCCACCAAGGAUGCCCUGCAGCACAAUGACACGCUGAGAAAUGAAUUAGAGAUGGAGUGCCUGUUGCUGCAGUCUGCUAAGGAAAAAUCAGAAUCUUCUAAGAAAACUGUAAUUGAUGAAGAACAUCUUACUCUUACUGAGAAGGUUGAGAGGAAGCGAUGUGAAAUACUCAAUAAAUGCGAUGAAAUUCAAGCUCUUGAAAAACAGAUUAAAACUAGUUUGGUGCACACCAACAUUUCAGAUAUCGUUGAGAAUCGGAUGAAAAGCAUAGAGAAUGAGGCUGUAAAACUGGAAACAACAAAUAGGAUUCUACAGAAGAAAAUACAAGUCAUUGAAAACAAUGUGAAGCAGAUCAUGAAAAAGAGUAAGAUGAGUGAGGAGGAACAGGAGAUUCUCUGGGAAUUUAUUUCAAAAUUUGCAGAAGAAGCAAAAAAUAACUGUCAAGAGACUGAAGAAAUGACUUAAGAAAACUGAUGACUGCCCUGCACAUAACCUGGAUGUUUGCAGAUGUAUACAUUCAUGAAGAUCCAUUACAUUUUUUGACUUCAACCUUAAGAAUGUGUAAUGUACCCUAUUCCAGAAGUUGAUAAAUAAAUGCACAAAAAUAAUUUUUUGCACUUGAAUAUGUGCAUAGCAAUACUAGUUCUUAGAGUAUUUUGUUUUUAUUUGGUAACUUUCAACUGAAAGUUAUGAAAUACUUCUGCUCCACUGUAAUGCAAAUAAAUUGUACUUAUUUACCAACACAGGUUUCUACAGAUGCAUGUAAUAAAAUUUAGUAAUGGA